AACCUUUGGAUAGUGUUUGAUACCGAGACGCGUGAAACAUUAUGGUUUUGUGAUAGGCCUAGUUGUAUGUGCGGACUUGAGAUCAGUAAAUUCAUCUAAUAUUAGUUACACAGUAUUACCUUAAUUACCUAACAAAGAUUUAUAGUUGAAGUAAUUAGGUAAUACCACAGGAUGGGGCGACAACAGUGCAUUUGUGAAAUAUGUACUUGUGGACGGCACAAGUGUCCUCACCAGCCCAAAGCCACAGCUAAUUACGGACCAUGCGAAAUCUCAGAGUACAACAACAAAUACAAAUCUUAUGAUUAUACCGGUAGAAGACCCAACUUCAAGCCGCACCAAGAAGUGAUGAAGGGUACUGAACCAAUGGCAGACUCGACCACACACAAAGCAGACUUUAUACCACAUCCAACUGAGAAGCCCCGGAUGCAUGUCCCAGAAGCCUACCAGCCUAUUCCUGGUGAUAUAGACACGUUGACAUCGUACACUAAGGAUUACCCUGCUAAAAAAUCAGAAAUGCCAAAAAGCUUCAGAGCAACACAUGUGAAGCAAGCUCCGGCUGGAGAGUUCAAGGGAACACCUACAUAUGCAGAUGAUUAUCGCAGAUGGGAGAUCCCAAAACGAGAGACGGGAAAAACCCAGUAUAUGUAUGUGCCACCAAGUGCUCCGUUUGAGGGUGCAUCAACAUUCACACGUGAUUUUCAACCCAAAAAAGCUGAGAUGGCACGUAGUAUGAAGCCUGCUGAACAGUCGCGUACAUCCGAUCAACCAUUUGACGACAACACCAUGCACAAGUCAGCUUACGUUGCCUACCCUGCGCAACCAAAGUAUGUGAGGCCAAAAGAGCAUUAUGCAAAGAAUCCAAAUAAAUUUGACGACCUGACAACAUUCCGUCGUGAUUAUCCGGGGAAGUAUGUUGCAGUGGUAGAUAGUUUCAAACCAGAUAUGACACCAAUAAAAUCAAACCACCCCUUUGAUGAUAACACAACGUUCAAACAAGAUUACAAAAAAUGGGAUGUCACACCACCACAAAUGAAAGUGCCUGAAGGUUAUGUACGCCCCAAGGGAGAUAUGGAUCUUCACACUACAUCUAAAAUUGCAUUCCCAGCUCAUGCAAUACAAGAACGAAAAUUAUGGAAGCCAACCCAACGUGCUCAGGCAAAUGAUGUACCAUUUGAUGGGCGCACAAGCUAUAAACAGGAUUUCCUCAAGUGGGAUAGUCAGAGAGAAAGGCGUGGCAAUCCAAGCCAGAAAAUGUAUGAGCGACCAAAUGUACCAUUCGAAGGAAUAAGCAACUAUCAAUCACACUACGUCCCUAAGAAAGUCUCUGCACUUAAAGCUUUAGGACCAGACCGGACUGCUCAUGUAAGCUCGGACCCAUUUGAUGAUCGUACAAUGUACAAAUCUGAGUAUUUACCAAGAGCUCAAGAACCAUGUCCUGCAAUUAAUUUAGGCGUGAGUGGUUACCAGUUCAGGGAGCUUGAUCAGAGAGGUCAUCAGGUUUGGAAAAAGGAGAACGGAAGUUAUGAGAGGACAUUCAAAUCCCCUGUACAAAAGAUAUCUAUGGAAUAUGCUGUUGCAUAAAAAAAGCUAUGACAUCAUUUUGGAGGGAACUUGACACAAGUCCUAAUAAUUAACAUGGCAACAAUGUACACCUUACAGACACCCACAUUGAAACUCACAUGAUCUCACAUAUGUAUCCGUCCAUUCCCCCAUAAUGUAUUGCAGAACUUGUGAUUUGUAAUACAGUAUAUGUGAUGUAUAUAUUUUAUGAAAGAAAAAAACAGUUCAAAUAAAUUUUUUCAUAUACAAGUAACUUUAUUUUAAGAUUAUUAUUUAUUAGACCUUUUCUGUUUCAAAGACUGGAUUGAAUUUUGUUUAUGCAUUUUUUCCUGAUAAAACAAAUAUUAUGCAUCCAGAUGAUUUUCUCUGUGAAAAAUUUAGGAAAUGUUUGUGUGUGCCAAAAUACUUGUAUUGUGGAAUACCUGAUGGCGAUCUACAAAAUGUGUUAUUUUUAUGUAUAAAAUUACUUUUUACAUUGUAUAGAAUUAUGUAAAAUGCAUAUGAAGAUGAUGUUGAUAUAUUAGAAAAUAGUAAUUUGUAGGUCCAUGAAUUCAUGAGGCCAAGUUCCCUCGUGCAGUGGGCCGAGUGCACUGAAGUCCACCACAGGGCUGUCUGUCCAGUACACCGGGGUAUCCCCAUAUUCGUCUCGAAGGAUGUACUGGGUUCUUUAUAGUGCACAAGAGCCAUUGUAUACACUGGGCCUACGGUUUAUAGUCUUUAUCCAAGAAGACUUGUUCUACCAUCAGAACCAUAGGCGAGCGUGCCGCUCAAACCAGCGCCGAUAUUAUGGCUAUAGCUUGCGGUGCCCCCGCUAACCCCUCAGUUCACUUGGCCCACUGCACUAUUAUUGGGGGAAACCAUUAAACAGAGUUGGACUGAUUGCCAUCUUUUGUUGCAAUUUGACAUAUUAACAGGUCAUUCAGGUAUGGAGGCCCACCUAUCAUCCCUAUUAUUUCUACAAUCUGCUCUUCAUAAAUUUCAUUUUGGUUUUUAGUUAUUAUUAGAAUAAUAGUGUACCAGUACUGGUUGGCAUGAAUUGAUGAGUUGUUUGUGAACUGAAAUGGGAUACCAGUAAACAGAGGCAAACAAGGUUUAUUACUCAUUAAUAACAUACUGAAAUAUAGACAGUGAGAUGCUCUUCAACUUAAAAGAAAAUAUAUUAAUCAUUAUAUUUUUUAUUGUGUAUAAAAUAUUAAACAUGUAUUUUACUAAUUAGAAUUUGAGUAGAAUACUUUUUAUUCCUUCCUAUAGCACCACUACAUGUUUACUAAUUAUGUAUGGAAUUGAAGGUAGGGUAGGCCUACAGUAUUGUAUUAACAAUCAGCUUGGAUGCAUAACUUGGUGGAAAUGCAUGUACUGAUUCAUUAGUGUAUGUCUUGGAUAUAUUAUUCAAAAUGUACUUGAAUAUUUUCUGUAAUGAAUAAAAAGUAUAGUUCUGAGUGGAA